CUCUUGAGCCGCAGUCUUAAAACCCUGUUUGCAGAGAUCUUUGCUCAAACCUUCGUGUGAAGUGAACAGCAUUUAACUGCGCUGUGGUGGACAAGGAGGAUAAAGAGAUGCUGGCCAAGAUACUUUUUCUUCUCUGUCUGACGCACACCUCGGCACAAGACCUGUGCAAAUCAGACACUGAUGAUGGAUACAAAGUCCGACUGAGCAUUAAAACAGCGCUGGGGGACGAUGCUUACACGUGGAAUGACAGCGAGCAGUUUCUGUUCAAAGCUACGCUGGCUUUUGCCAUGAUGCAGUACAUGCCAGAGGAGACCUUUAAUUUGUCAAACAUCCUCAUCUGUGAUGAGACGGAGAGGGUAUCAUUUUGGUUUGUGGUGAUGUCACCUCAAAAUCAAUCCCAGUUGAUCCCUAAGGCGGAGGUAGAGAACGCUGUGAGAAAAUCCAGGAAUCGCAUAAACAGUGCCUUCUUAUUGACUGACAAGACACUUGAGUUUGUGGGCAUUCCCCCAACAUUUGCAGCGCCAGUGGUGUACACCACCCCACCAUGGCUUAUUGUUUUCGGGGUCGUCAUUGGCGCUGUGUGUGCAGGCAUUGUCGCCAUACUCAUAUCUACCUUUAUCCAAAAGAGCCGAAAAACCAAGGAAAAAGAGAAUGACUUAGUGAGCGAUGAAGAGACCAUGAGAAGUGUAGGAAACGGCAUGGCGGGCCUCGGAGAUAAAGACGGUGUGUACAAUCAAAGCUUUGUGGAUGACGAUCGCUUCACCAAGCUCUAAGGAAACACACAUUCAGCUCUACACAAGACAG